AUGUAAGGUUUCCCUGUGGGACUCGGAUGAGCCUGUUCCAAGGGCGGAGCUUCUGAAGGGCGUGGCGGGGGCCCAUGGGUUGCUGUGUCUCCUGUCUGACAAGAUCGACACUGAAGUUCUGGACGCAGCAGGUACACUGGACAUAACCUGGACCAGAUGAACUCAAACAGCACCUCUCAGCAUUUUCCAAUAUAUGGAAUUUAUGAGGCUGCUAGACAUGUAUUUUACAGUAUACAGUACCAGUCAAAAGUUUUAGAACACCUACUCAUUCAAGGGUUUUUCUUUAUUUUCAACCAGCUUCAUGAGGUAGUCACCUGGAAUGCAUUUAAAUUAACAGGUGUGCCUUCUUAAAAGUUAAUUUGUGGAAUUUCUUUCCUUCUUAAUGCUUUUGAGCCAAUCAGUUGUGUUGUGACAAGUUAGGGGCGGUAACUCUAAUGAACUUAUCCUCUGCUGCAGAGGAUACGUUCAUUAGAGUUACCGACUCGGAAAUUGCAGCCAAAAGUAACAGACACAUCUCAACAUCAACUGUUCAGAGGAGACUGUGUGAAUCAGGCCUUCAUGGUCGAAUUGCUGCAAAGAAACCAUUACUAAAGGACACCAAUAAUAAGAAGAGACUUGCUUGGGCCAAGAAACACGAGCAAUGGACAUUAGACCGGUGGAAAUUUGUCCUUUGGUCUGGAGUCCAAAUUGGUGAUUUUUGGUUCAAACCGCCUUGUCUUUGUGAGACGCGGUGUGGGUGAACGGAUGAUCUCUGCAUGUGUAUUUCCCACUAAAGCAUGGAGGAGGAGGUGUUAUGGUGUGGGGGUGCUUUGCUGGUGACACUGUCUGUGAUUUAUUUAGAAUUCAAGGCACACUUAACCAGCAUGGCUACCACAGCAUUCUGCAGCGAUACGCCAUCCCAUCUGGUUUGGGCUUAGUGGGACUAUCAUUUGUUUUUCAACAGGACAAUGACUCAACACACCUCCAGGUUGUGUAAGGGCUAUUUUACCAAGAAGGAGAGUGAUGGAGUGCUGCAUCAGAUGACCUGGCCUCCACAAUCCCCCGACCUCAACAAAGUUGAGAUGGUUUGGGAUGAGUCGGACCGCAGAGUGAAGGAAAUGCAGCCAACAAGUGCUCAGAAUAUGUGGGAACUCCUUCAAGACUGUUGGAAAAGCAUUCCAGCUGAAGCUAGUUGAGAGAAUGCCAAGAGUGUGCAAAGCUGUCAUCAAGGCAAAGCAUGGCUAUUUGAAGAAUCUAUAUAAUAUAUUUAGAUUUCUUUAACACUUUUUUGGUUACUACAUGAUUCCAUGUGUUAUUUCAUAGUUUUGAUGUCUUCACUAUUAUUCUACAAUGUAGAAAAUAGUACAAAUAAAGAAAAACCCUUGAAUGAGUAGGUGUUCUAAAACUUUUGACCAGUAGUGUAUGUGUUGUAUGAUAGUUCCCACUCCGUCCUCUCCUAGCACGUAACUAUUGAUUUGUGUCCAGGUCCAAACCUGAAGGUGAUAAGUACCUUGUCUGUCGGAUUUGACCACAUGGCCAUGGAUGAGAUCAAGAAACGGUAAGACUAACUAUCAACUAAGUUGUAUAAACAAAUGCCUUAGCCUCACAUCUAAGUCAGCAACUCUCAUUGUGCCAUCCUCUCUGUGUUCUGUGCAGAGGGGUGCGUGUGGGCUACACUCCAGACGUCCUGACUGAUGCCACAGCGGAGCUGACCGUCGCCCUGCUCCUGGCCACAGCUCGGCGGCUACCAGAGGGUGUGGUGGAGGUGAAAAAGUCAGUGCCUAAUAAACACACAGAUACAUUAGACUCCGGCUCCAGAUGAUCGCUCUGACAUGUUGUACAGUGACACUUUAUGGAUAUGUUGCCUAAACAAAUGUCUAUCUAAAAUGAAUAUGAGUACAACAGAAUGUGUCCUCAGUUCCCUCUUUUUAAUCUCUCCCUCUCUCUCCCUCCUCUCCCUCUCUCCCUCUCUCUCCCUCUCUCUCUCUCUCUCUCUCUCUCUCUCUCUCUCUCUCUCUCUCUCUCUCUCUCUCUCUCUCUCUCUCAGUGGAGGCUGGAGCACCUGGAAACCUCUGUGGUUGUGUGGUUAUGGUCUGUCUGGCAGCACUGUUGGUGUCAUCGGACUGGGACGCAUAGGUAGAGCGACAGUGAUUGCUUGAUUGACUUACUGGAUUCUGUGACUCCUGCCCUUAGGCAUGAGGUCCAUACAAUCCAUAUAGUAGCUGAAAGGGCAGGACAAACGGGCUUAUUCAUUGAUUGAUUGUCUGGAGUCAAUGCUGUUUUCCCUCAGGUAUGGCCAUAGCCAGGAGGCUGAAACCAUUUGGAGUAAAGAGGCUCCUGUACUCUGGAAGAACUGCCAAAUCAUAUGCUGCUGAAGUGGAGGGAGAAUACGGUGAGCAGGAGUGGAAGGGCUAGGGAAAACAGGAAAGUAUGAGAUAGAGGGUGAGAAUCAGAUGAGAUAUUUAUUUGAUUGUUUCUUCACAUUUUACAUUUACAUUUUAGUCAUUUAGCAGACGCUCUUAUCCAGAGCGACUUACAGUUAGUGAGUGCAUACAUUGGGGGGACUGUAUGUUCACCUUCCUCUCUCCUCCCCUCCUCUCUGUUGCAGUGCCCUUGGACACGCUGGUCUCUGAAAGUGAUUUUGUUGUGGUGUCCUGCGCCCUUACACCAGAGACCCAGGGGCUGUGUAACAAGGACUUCUUCUGCAAGAUGAAAAACACUGCUGUCUUCAUCAACACCAGCAGGUACUCCAUUAAACACGUUGAGCAGUGCCAAACCAACCACACGGACUGGGUUUUGAAAUGAACACACUGUGUGUGUGUGUUAUAGGGGUGCAGUGGUGAAUCAGGAGGAUCUGUACCAGGCUCUGUCCAGUGGUCAGAUAGCCUGUGCUGGGCUUGAUGUCACAACCCCAGAACCACUCCCCACCGACCACCCCCUCCUCACCCUCAAAAACUGUGGUGAGUUAAUGGGGUCAUGAGAGAAACAGAGGGAGGAAGGCAGUUUACUGAGGCAUCUCUGUUGUGUUGUGUUGUCUAAUGGUUUCUCUCUGAUCAUUGUUGUGAUGUUUCCAGAUUAAUCAAUCAUAUUCAAUAUUCUCAUUAAAAUCAACCAGUUGUUUUGCGACCAAAUGUCUGCAGUGCGAUCAUGUCCCUGCUAAUACAUUUCCCUCCUCUCUCUACCUGCAGUGGUCUUACCCCACAUUGGCAGUGCCACCUACUCCACACGUGGCGUCAUGGCAGAGCUGUCCGCCAACAACCUGCUGGGAGGCCUACAGGGCACAGACAUGCCCAGCGAACUCAAAUUCUAGUGCUGCUCUACAACUACUCAACUAUGCCUCUGUCCUCCUUAGAAUGAUCUUUGUCACCCAAUCAGUAGUCAUUACCAGGAAGGUUAGAGCCGUAAGUGAAAAGGAAAUACAUCUGUGUUAGAGUAUUGCAGUUGUAUUAACAUGCUCUCCUAACAUGAAG